AUGUCUAUAAGUUUUCUUCUUGAUUUGGAUAAAGAUGAAAAGUUUCGUAUAAAAAUUCUAUUAAAAUUAGAACAAUUGAUCUAUACUGGAUUGAGAAACGUUGAUUCAUUUGAAAAUAAACUCAAUGGAGAUCUCGAUGAAUUUGUUGCUACAGUUAUUGACAAACAUAAAUAUAUACAUAUUUCAUUGGAUGUUGAUUCAAAAAAUCCAGAAACAGGAAUUCCAUCACCUGGUACAACUGCUACAAGUGAAUUAACAUAUGAAAAGAUCAAUGUAUUUAUUCAAACAAUAGCAAAUCAUAAUCAACUAGUUCCAUAUGAUGUUACGGAACUCAAUCUCGAAUUAGAAUUUGACAAUAUUACUGAUGUAAUCAAGUUCUAUAUUAACUAUAAUUCAGUAAAUAAGUCCAAAGAAAAUAUUUAUGCUCAACAAAUACUUCGAACAUCGAUUAAUCAUUUAUUAACAUUUGAAGAUGAUGAACUCUGUCUUCAAUACAUUGAUGAUCUAUCCAAUGAUGAUCGAGUUGUUCUAAUAGUCAGUGGACGACUAGGUCAAACCAUUGUUCCUCAAGUUGCAUUCCUUCGAAAAAUCGUUUCCAUUUAUGUUUAUUGUAUGGAUAAAAAAGCCAAUGAACAAUGGACUCAACAUUUCUCCAAAGUAAAAGGUGUCAUCGUUCAAUUGGAUGAACUCAUUGAACGAAUUCAAUCUGAACAAAUUCAACGACAACAUAAUAAAGUUGAUGAAUCGUUAACUAUCAAUAUUUUUAAAUCAAAGAUUCAUGAUUACGAACAAUCAUGUAUGGAAAUAAAUGGUCAAUUUAUUCAUUCUCAGUUAUUAAUUGAUUGUCUUAUUCGAAUGGUACCAACAGUAAAUGAUAAAAAAGAUUUUGUUUGUCUUUGUCAGCAACAUUAUCAAAAUAAUUCAACCGAAUUAAGUAUUGUUGAAGAAUUUGAUAAACAUUAUUCAUCUAAUCGAGCAAUAUGGUGGUAUACUCGUGAAUGUUUUCUCUAUCGAUUAUUGAAUAAAGCACUUCGAGUACAAAAUAUUGAUUUAUUAUUUUUAUUACGAUUUUUUAUUCGUGAUAUUGGACAACAAUUAGAGAUUAAUAAAUGUACAUCACCAAUUCGAGUUUAUCGAGCACAACAAAUGUCAAAAGAUGAAAUUGAAAUAUUGAAAAAUUCUAUUGGAGAAUAUAUAUCGAUGAAUUCAUUUCUUUCUACGAGUCUUAAUCGACAGCAAGCUCAAGUAUUUCUCUAUUCUACUAAUCCUACAGACGAUAUUGAACAAGUCUUCUUUGAAAUUGAUGCUGAUCCUCAAUUGAAUAAUAUCAAAGCAUUCAGUAAGAUUACUUCGCUUAGUUACUUUCCAGAAGAAGAAGAAGUUAUUUUCAUGGUUGGAUCAAUCUUUCGACUUGAUAGCAUUCAAUGUAAUAACGAGAAAAUCUGGAAUGUUCGAAUGAUAUUAUGUUCUGAUGAUGAUCAUCAAUUACAAACACUCUUUCAACACAUGAAAAAUGAAUUAGGUACUGAACAAACUAACCCUCUUGUAUUUGGUCAUGUCAUUCGUAAGAUGGGCAAAUUGGAUGAUGCUGAGAAAUAUUAUCGUUGUUUUCUCGAUCAGUUUUCUUAUGAUGAUUUAAAUGUAGCUCAUUGUUAUCAUGCACUAGGACUAGUAGCAGAUGAUAAAGGUGAUUAUGAAUCAAGUUUGAUAUGGUAUAAUAAAUCGCUUGAAAUGUUCAUGCGAACAUUGAAAUCAAAUGAUCCGAAUAUUGCUACUUCUUAUAACAGUAUUGCUAUUGUUUAUCAACGAAAAGGUGAUUAUAUACAUGCAUUAGAAUCAUAUGAGAAGGCACUGUCGAUUUGGAAGCAAGCUUUUGGUGAGGAUCAUUCUUGUAUAGGUAUAUGUCUUAAUAAUAUGAGUAAUGUAUAUCGAAAUGAGAAGAAAUAUUUAAAAGCACUUGAAUGUGUAGAAAGAGCGUUGAUUAUUCUCCAAAAACAUCUUCCUGUUGACCAUUCAGACUUAGCUUCAUUAUAUGGUAGUAUUGGUAAUAUUCAUCUUUGUCUCGGUCAUCAUGAUCAGGCAUUACAAAAUUAUAAUCUUUCCCUCAAAAUCUACAAAAAAACUCUUCCUCCUCAACAUACUGACAUUGCCAUGACACUCUAUAAUAUUGGAACUGUUUAUGAAGAUAAAAAUGAAUAUCAACAAGCACUUUCCUAUUUUAAACAAGCAGCAGAUAUUUAUCGUCAUACGUUACCUUUAACACAUCCUAAGUUGAUUCAACUUGAACAAAAAAGUUCAUUAUUAAAUGAAGAUGAACAAAGUUUAUUAGUUGGAGCAAAUUUUAAUAGAAUUAAAAUUAAUCAUAAUGAUUGUAUUUUUAAAAAUAUUAUUUUUUCUGAUAUUUAUUUUCAACAAACAGAUUUUCGUCAAGUUAAAAUAGAUUUUGUUAAAUUUUAUAAUGUUAAUGUAAUAAAAGCGACGUUUUUCGAUAAUUCUACUCAAAUGCAAUAUUUACUCAUUCGAAAUUCUUUUUUACCAAAUGGUACAUUUUCACCAAUUGAUGAUAUUGAUGUUAUUUCUAAUUUGUGUACAUCUUUUGAGAAAUGGUCUCCGAUAUCGAUUGAUGGUAUUCGAUAA